GUCCCUGUUGAUGUCUCGUAUGUUUUCAUGUAAAUUAUCAGCUGGCUUUUGAUGAGGACAGCAGGCGGCCACACGUUUGACUGAUGACACCAACAGUUGACUGCAUACACGCACGUGUGCACUGUGUUGCUGGUCACAAGUGUGUUAUUGUCUUUUUGUACAGGAAUAAAUGGAUGAUAUGAGAAUAUGAGGCACAAUAUGGAGAGCGUUGUACGAGUAUUUGAAUCAGAUUCUUCUAGUUGACCUUUAAACCGCAUUUGGAGGGUGAAGCCAAGAUGUCAGUGCACUACGAUUCUACUGGUGUGCAUAUGUUGCAAAACAAAGCCAGCCACUACGGCUCUAACACCCAUUCGUCAGGUGCUGAUUAUUUCAAUUUGGAAACUCCAAUUACAGGAAACAGCGUGGAAAACAGUGAAAAAUAUCCACUAACAUCAGGGACACCAUCAUUGUACAUGCGCUUUAAAGCGCGUUUAUUAAAAGCUAGCAACUACGAGUCUUUUCCUGUUAACGUUGGGGAAUUCGGGCGAACUCUGGGAACAUUUGCAGGCGUGUUUGCUCCAGUAGCUCUCGGACAAUUUGCGUCACAAUUGUUUCUUAGAACUGGAUUUGUGGUUGGGCAAGCAGGACUUUUAGAAACAUAUUCCAUGCUUGUUUUGUCUUACUUCAUCUUGGCCAUGACAGUUCUUUCCAUUUGUGCCAUCUCAACGAAUGGAGCACUUGAAGGAGGAGGGGCCUAUUACAUGAUUAGCCGUGCUUUAGGCCCAGAGUUUGGAGGAAGUAUUGGAUUUAUGUUUUUUGUGGCUCAAGUCUUGUCUACAGCACUGUAUAUAACUGGCUUUGUUGAGGGAGUGCUACAGAACUUUGGAGUUGGUGGUACUUCUACCCCCAACAGUGGUCUUCCCAUCUCAGAGUGGUGGAAGUAUUUGUACUCAACUGUUUCUCUCUUUGUGUGUCUUCUUAUUUGUAUUGUUGGGGGUGCUAUGUUUGCUAGGACUUCAGCUGCCAUUCUUAUUAUUGUUGUGAUCUGCACCCUCUCUGUUAUAAUUAGUGUUUUUGCCAAAAAUGAUGAGAUCCAUGUACAACUACCUAGUACAAAUGAAAAUUAUCCGGGUUUUAAUGGAACAUACACUGGACUAAGAGCAUCAACAUUUCGUGAAAACCUAGCAAGUAAUUUCACCACUGACUACAGCACAAAUAAGGAGAUGAGUUAUGGAACAGUUUUUUCUAUUCUCUUCAGCAGUGUGACAGGAAUUCUCAAUGGUGCUAACAUGUCUGGUGAAUUGAAAGAUCCAUCGAAGAAUAUUCCCAAAGGAACAAUAUCAGCUGUAUGCUUCACAUUCUCCACCUACCUUGUGUUGACGACUUUAAUAGCUGGCUCUUGUACCAGGUUCCUGCUGAUAAACGAUUAUGUUUUCCUACAAGGAGUUAAUUUAUGGGGUCCUCUGGUUGUCAUUGGAAUCUUUGCAUCCACCCUGUCAGCUGCUCUUGGAAACCUUAUUGGUGGCUCCAGGAUUUUACAAGCUUUAGGAAAUGACCAACUCUUUUGGUUUUUCUUGAAACCUGCGACCAUCACUACGAGGAGUGGCAACCCACUUGUUAGUGUCUUCAUUACUUGGUUUCUUGUUCAGAUUGUUCUUUUGAUUGGUUCCCUCAAUGCCAUAGCUCCCAUCAAUUCAGUUUUCUUUUUGCUAGCGUAUGCUUCAGUCAAUUUGUCAUGUUUGGCUCUGGAACUAGCCUCAGCACCCAACUUUAGGCCAACCUUUAUGUACUUCUCUUGGCACACUUGUACCCUGGGCAUCAUUGGCUGCAUGAUCAUGUGUUUUAUGAUAUCCCCCAUCUAUACCAGUAUAUCUCUGGUCAUUAUGCUCAUAUUGGCCAUCAUCCUACACUUUCGCUCACUGCCAACAACCUGGGGUUCUAUCAGUCAGGCUCUUAUCUUCCAUCAGGUCCGCAAAUAUUUGCUGAUGCUAGACCCAAGAAAAUCCCAUGUCAAGUAUUGGAGGCCACAAAUUUUGUUGAUGGUAUCAAAUCCCAGACAGUCUAGUGAGUUGAUGGACUUUUGCAACGACAUUAAAAAAUCUGGACUGUAUGUCAUUGGCCAUGUGAAAACUGGACAGCUGGAAGAUUUCUCAGCCGACCCAGUCCUGGAGGAGACGCCUCGCUGGUUGCAGCUGGUGGAGCAUAUGAAGAUAAAAGCCUUUGUAGAGCUGACGCUGGCUAGAAGCGUGCCAGAAGGUUUUCAGCACUUGGUUAGAAUUUCUGGACUUGGUGGUAUGAAAGUCAACACCGUGUGUUUUGGUUUCUAUGAUGAUAACUUGCCAACAGACUCUUUUCUAAAAACAAAAGCUAAAAAAAAACGAUUUUUUGGCCAUACUGAAAAUGCAAGUUUUGCAGAUCUUGAAUCUUACUUCCAGUCACCAAGAUCAUCACUCAGCAAACAUUUAAGUGUCAGCGACUAUGUCAGCCUUAUUCAGGACUCACUCAAACUGCAGAAAAAUGUCUUUCUUUGUCGAAAUUUUCAGCUGCUGAAUAAAAGCAACAUCUUAAAGUCAUCUCCUAAGUCUUAUAUUGACAUCUGGCCUGUCAACUUCUUUCGCCCAGACACAGCCAACUUAUUUGAUGACACCUGUCUGUUCAUGCUCCAGUUGGCUUGUAUCUUGACCAUGCAGAGUACCUGGAGAAACCGCGUGGCCCUUAGGGUGUUCCUGUGUGUGCAGACUCUCUCUGAGAACACAGCAGUCAAAGAGCAAAAGUUGUCCCAUUUCCUCAGACAGCUCAGGAUGCAGGCUAAAAUUGUGAUUGUUUCCUUUGAGGAUAUGUACCAGCAUCUGCAACCAGGUGUAGAGCAGGAGGAAGUGCAUGGAUUAGAGAGUCAAGAAGAGGAGGUCAAGAUGAAUCAGUAUGUGCAAGUACCUGACUCCUAUGUCACUGCUGUUAAUGGCUUGCUACAGGAGCACUUAAACCAGUCUGCCAUCAGUUUCUUGUAUUUACCUCGUCCACCCCAACAAGGAGACCAGCAUGCCAUCUACAUGGAGCAGUUAACUGCCAUCUCAAACUGGUCCCAUCCAACAGUUUUUGUCCAUGGUCUUCACCCCGUCACAUCCACAGCCCUCUAACCCAAGACUGACAUACUUUAGAAAUACUCAGAUCUACAGUAGUGUUUCAGUCGAGAGUUGAAAUAUACUUGACAUCACUUUUUACUCAUCAACUACUUUUUACUUAUAUUAGACAACUGUCAAUAUUGUUUAAAUUUGUUGGUAUUUUUAUUAAGAAGUUUAAUUGUUUUUAAUUAAAAAUGUAUACUACUUUUGUUGUUAGGGUUCAUGCACAUUUUGUGUAUCAAAAAGUAAUUUUACCCCCACAUAAACUAGCAGAUGGGCUGUUUCUAUCAAUGUGCCUUCAGUGUUAUUUGCUCACUAUAAAUCAAAACACACAUUUUGAUUUUUAGUUCUUUCCUUGUGUGAUCAAUUUUCCCACAAAAAUUAGUAUUUCAGUUCACCUCUGUAUUUCAUUGUAUAUUAUGCCAAUAUUAAUUUUAUUGUAUACAAUUUGGUAGAGUUUACAUUCAUCAUGCAAUCAAAAUAUUGUGUGCAAGUUAUAUACAUAAAUUAUAUGCCUAAUUUUUAAAAAAAUACUUUUUAUUAUGGCUUUCAUAAAAUUUACUCAAAAAAAUUCCAUUCUAUUGUACAAAAUAUGUAUACAAAUUAGAUUGAAAACUUGUGACAUUCCUUUAGGAUGAAAAGAUGAUGUGUGUUUGAAGGGUUACACUCAAAUUAGGUGCAAGAGCUCAAACUGCAGCCACUUGAGAAAGCAAAUGUAUCCCCUUCUGGCACUACCUCAGGAUUUUUGUCCAAAAAAAUUAUUCCAUGUAUGGAAAAUGAUAUAGUUGGUGUCCUGACAUCUUAUACCAAAUUUCAUCUGUCAAGUAUUAUGCAAAUUAUGACAUGUACAAAAAUGUAUGUGCCACAGAAGAGUAACACCUAAUAUAACAUGCUAGUCUG